GCAUAGGAUUUAUCAUUUGUGGGAGAGAUUUAUUUUCCCAUCUCCCACAACUCAAAAACAAUACCCCACACCAUGCUUAGCAAGAGAACCAAUCCGAUGAUCGGAAGAUUAUCAGAAUUAUUGGUCUCCGGCAACAAAACCGGCGGAUUCUUGGAUGCUGCAAUUAGUACUCCAACUCCAAGUCCAAGAAGUCCGGUGGACUACAGAAUUCAAUCACCGAGGGGUUUAAAGAAUUACGAUCUUGGUGGAGUUGGACUGGGCAUAGUUGCAGCUCUUGAGAAAUCUGGUAAUGGCGGGCAUGAAAUUCUUGCAAAAUACGCAAUUUUUAGCCCUAGUUACCGGUCAGAUCCUAUUCCGGUCAAGAUUCAUAAAGAGAUUUUGGAUUUGGACAUGGAUAUGGAUAGCUUGGAGGAGGAUUAUACUUACGUUACACGGCACGGGGAUGAUAAUAAAUCAUUGACCAAGGUUUUUUACGAUCAUGGCGGACACAAUAUUUUAUUUGAUUCAAGAAUUGAAUCAUCAUCAUCAUCAGCAAGACUUGUAGAUGAGGUUUCUUUAUAUCCAACUUCAGAUUUUCUCAGUUCUUGUUACUUAUGCAAGAAAAAACUUCAAGGCAGAGAUAUUUUCAUGUACAGAGGGGAAAAAGCGUUUUGCAGUAUGGAGUGUAGAUCGAGUCAGAUAAUAGUAGAUGAGCGUAAAGAACAGUGCAGAUCGGAGGUUCAAAGAUCUGCGGAUGUUUCAACCGCAAGUCCUAUUUUCUCAACGGGAAUUCUUGCAAUUUAGUCCCUGAAUUUAUUAUGCUGCGGUGGAUAUAUAUAAUAUAUACAUCAAAUCAAGUAUAUAUAAUAUAUUCUAGAGCCAAGUAACUUAAUUAUACAUAACAGGUUCAUCAGCUCAGUUUUGAGAGGAUAAAUUAAAUAUAAUAAAUAGAAGAAACAAUUUUUGUUUUUGAUCCAUAAGAUGGAUUUGUAGUAGAGUUUAAUUAUGAAGUUGUUCAUAAUGAAAAAUUUGCAUUUUUUUUU